UAAAGCUUUUAACUUCUUAGGGCCGGUUGUACAAGUAUAGCUUAAGCAGAGUUUAAGAAUUAAGCUGAGUUUAAACACAGUUCAAUUUUUUAGAGUGUUGUACAUACUUCACUCAACAACUAAACGCAACUUAAGUUUUGUUUUAUUUAAGCAGCCGAUUUUGUUGGUUUAAGCUUAGUUUUGGUUCUUUGCGCAUAGUCACCGAUUUGUUAGUUUUGUUAGGUUAUAAUUUUAUGUAAUACCUGUUACCAUUGAUUAACAUAAUCAAUGCUGUUACCCUCCAAAUUGUAAUGGAGUUGCAUGCACUAACAGAUGAUGAAGAUUUCCUAGAAGUAAUUAAUAUAAUUGGACGCAGAAGAGCAGCAAAGAUAUAUAGGCACCGAGAUAACCACUUUACAAAGUGGAAUGAUAAGGAAUUUUUAAAUAGAUUUAGGUUAUCCAAAGAUUCAGUUCGUUUUGUAAUUGAUUUAAUACAAGAAGAAAUAUCACAUCCCACAAACAGAAACUUUGCAGUAAGUGCCGAGUGUAUGGUAUUAUUGGCACUAAGGUAUUUAGCAACUGGCUGCUUUUUGUCAGUUGCAGGCGACUUUAUUGGCAUCGAUAAAUCUACUGCAAGCAGACUUACUACAAAAGUCUGUCGAGCCAUUGCCAGUCAACACCGCAUUUUUAUCAAAAUGCCUACCACAGAGGAAGAAAUGAGAGAAAGAAGUAGAGGCUUUUACAUGAUUAGUCGUUUCCCCAAAUGCAUUGGUGCUAUUGACUGUACCCAUGUGAAGAUUAUAUCCCCCGGUAACAAUGCUGAGAUUUUUCGAAAUCGGAAAAAUUUUUUUUCUUAUAAUGUGCAAGCUGUUUGUGAUGCAAGCCUGAGGAUUCAAAAUAUUGUAUGCAGAUGGCCUGGGUCAUCUCAUGAUAGCACAAUAUUUUUACAUUCUCAAAUAAGAAAUCAAUUUGAGAAUGGAGACUUUAGAGGGUACUUAUUAGUUGGAGAUGCAGGAUAUGCUAUUAAGCCGUAUUUAAUUACUCCUCUAAGAAAUCCGAUCACUCGUACUGAAAAUUUAUUCAAUGAAUCCCAAAUACGCACACGUAACCCAAUAGAACGGUGCUUUGGUGUGAUGAAACGCCGAUUUCCCAUAUUGUCAUUUGGGAUUCGACAACGCGCAGAAAAGGUCGAGGCUAUAGUAAUUGCAACUGCAGUAUUACAUAAUAUAGCUAGGAACUUUAAUGAUGCACUGCCAGACAUAAAUGAGGAAGAACAAGAAGCUAUUGCAGCUGCUGAAAUAAAUUUCGAAGUGGAAAAUGUUCCAUAUUACAACAAUGGACUAAAUAAUGCUGUACGUCAUCACCUUAUUCACGAAUACUUUAAUCGCUUAGCAUAGUGUACAGUGUAUAUUACGAACAAACUUAUUGUUUAACAUUUUUUAAUAACAUAUCUUUUUGUAACUUCAAAAUUUCCAUUUUUAAUUUGUGUUCUUCUUUCAUACAUUCUAGUUCGAACUCAGAUUUUGUCUUUUUUAUUUCUAAAUUUAACUUAUGUUCCUCUUCCGUAUGUUUUAAUUUUACUUUUUGUUCUUCCAAAACACCUUCCAUUCUACUCUCUUCCAGUUUUGUUUUAGCCUCUGCCCACUGCGAAAUCUUCUUGUUAAUAACACCCUGGGAUGUAUCUAAAAUUUUAAAAUAAUUAGUAUUUAUAGUACAUUUCUGAAAGUGAUUUUACCAGUGGUGUUUACACAAAGCGCAGCUGAUUUUUUUCUUUUAAGCAUAUUAGGUGUGUACUUUUUCCAGUUUUUAUCACCUACAAAUUCAGAAGGAACUUAGAUUUAAUACUUUAUGACCAGUACCGUAUACUACCAUUAUUUUCGAUAUCAUCUGUUGCAGAUGGUUUUACGGUCGAACUGUAGUCGUGAUCGUUAGCAAACUCUACUAUCAUCUCUGUAACGAAACAAUAUUGAACCACACACACACUUGGAAGUCCUUAUUUACCAUUACUAACUUGCAGGUCGUCUGUUUCUGGUAUUUCAAUUUCAACUGGAAGUAGUAAAAUGUAUGUAAAUUGUUUAUAAUGUACACAUUUUUUACUUACUAGCAUCCCCAUCAAAUUGUGAUUGAAAUCCCUCUGCUCUUGGGCCAAGUAUAUCUUUAAUGCCCUCUUCGGUGUCAUUUAAUGGGGUGUCUUUGUAAGGACCACCCCCAGUUCCCAUUGAAUACGUUUUAUUUUCAGACAGUUUCUUUUUCACCCUUUUCUUUAGAUUUUCGAACUUCUUUUUUAACACAGCUUCACUACGGUGGCUGUCGUUUACUACAUUGAACUCCCGAGCAACAUUUGACCAGGCUUCGGUCUUUUGUUGGUUCGUAACCGCAUCUGUUUUUUUGCACUCUAAGACAUGUUCAUAUUGUUUUACUAAACUGGUUAAUAUUGCCUCUUCUUUCGCGGUAAAAUUGGCUGCACGCACUUUUUUUUCGUUAGAGCACAUCGUUAUAAAUAAACUAGUAUUGAUUGAAGGUUAAGUUUAUUCACAACAAAUAUCCAAUUAAUUCUUUAUGCGCAUGUUUGCACGUUGCCAACAACAGAAAAUUGUGGUUUUGGUAAACGAAGUUUGAACGCAGUUUGUACAACGAGGUUAAACGAAAACUACGCUCAAAACUUGGGCGUAGUUUAGUUAAACCAUCCCUGAACUUCACACUUGUACAACCGGCCCU